CCGCCAUGGGCCGAGCUCGCCGUAGGCACAACUGGAAGGCGCGGCUGCAGCAGGGCACCGCGGAGCCCCCGCCCGCCGCCGAGCCGCUGGAGCUGCCGCUGGAGCUGGGAGAUGAAGCAACGCUGAAGGGAAUUGAUGAAAGUAAUGCCCUGGUCCUGCCAGCAAAAAAAGCAAAGAAGAAAAAAGCAGUGUGUGUUGUGCAACGCCCAAAGAAGCCCCUGAGCAAGAAACAGAAGAAAAACCUGCAGAAAAUUUUAGAGCAGAAGGAAAAGAAAAAAGAGCGAGCUGAGUUGCUGAGCAAGUUGAAUGAGGUCCAAGCUUCUGAGGCAGAAAUGAAACUUCUCUACACUACUUCCAAACUGGGUGUUGGGGAGCGCAUGUAUCAGACCAAAAGGGUGAUGCAGGAGCCAGAGACUACUGUACCUGAAAAGAUCAAGAGCGUCAGCGGUGCAAACAAGAGAAGACACAGCUCAGAUUCAGAAUUGGAGCCUGAGGAAGAACCCAGUAGCUCUGAGGAGGAGGUGGAAGAGCAGAAACAAGAAAUUGAAAAGUCCUCAGCCAGUGAUUUGAAUAGUGCUGAAAAGCCAGAGGAAGGUGUGAAGAAGGCAGUGGCUAACCAGCAGCCGGCAGGUCCUAGUGUGCCGCUUUGCCAGGCAGCCUCCAACAAACCACCCUGCAAGCCUGCAGUUUUUGUUCCAGUGGACAGGUCUCCUGAGAUUCAGGAGGCAAGACUAAAGCUUCCAAUCCUUGCAGAAGAGCAAGUCAUCAUGGAAGCCAUUAAUGAGAAUCCCAUUGUGAUCAUAUGCGGAGAGACAGGAAGCGGUAAAACCACACAAGUACCUCAGUUUCUCUAUGAAGCUGGCUAUGCCAGUUCAAAUGGUGCUAUUGGGAUCACUGAGCCUCGGCGUGUGGCGGCAGUGUCCAUGUCCCAGCGAGUCGCCAAGGAAAUGAACUUGUCACACAGAGUGGUUUCCUAUCAAAUCCGAUACGAAGGCAACGUUUCGGAUGAAACACAAAUCAAGUUCAUGACGGAUGGUGUGUUGCUGAAAGAAAUUCAGAAGGACUUUCUGCUUUCCAAGUACAAAGUCAUUAUUAUUGAUGAAGCCCACGAAAGGAGCAUGUACACAGAUAUCUUAAUAGGCCUCUUGUCUCGCAUCGUGCCUCUCCGUGCAAAGAAAGGACUGCCACUGAAGCUGAUCAUCAUGUCAGCUACCCUUCGUGUGGAGGAUUUCACCAGUAACAAGAGGCUGUUUUCUGUCACACCUCCUGUCAUUCAGGUAGAUGCAAGGCAAUUCCCUGUAACUGUCCAUUUUAACAAGAAAACUCCCUUAGAUGACUACAGUGGGGAGUGCUUCAGAAAGGUCUGCAAAAUCCAUCGAAUGCUGCCCUCGGGUGGGAUUUUGGUGUUUUUAACAGGCCAGGCAGAAGUCCACUCUCUCUGUAGAAGGCUAAGAAAAGCCUUUCCAUUCCAAAAAGCCACCAACACUGCAGGAGCAGAUGGGGCCAAAGAAGAAUCAGUGGAAGAAAUCAGAAAAUUUAAGAAAUCGAGGAAGCGGAAGAAAAUGCUGACACUCCCCAAAAUUGAUCUGAACAAUUACUCUGUUGUACCAGUGGAUGAAGGAGAUGAAGACAGAGAUGCUGAUACUGAUGAUGAUAUUGCGGGGUCUGAUAUUGACCUUGAUUUAGGUGAUGGAGACUCAGAAGAAGAUGAGAAAUCUGAUUCAUCCCUUCCACUCUACGUGCUCCCACUCUAUUCUUUGCUAGCACCAGAGAAACAAGCAAAGGUAUUCAGGGCUCCUCCUCCUGGCACCAGGCUGUGUGUUGUAGCCACCAACGUGGCCGAAACGUCGCUGACCAUCCCAGGCAUCAAAUACGUGGUUGACUGUGGAAAGGUGAAGAAGCGUUUCUACGACAGGAUUACCGGGGUGUCCUCUUUCAGGGUCACCUGGAUAUCCCAGGCCUCAGCCAACCAGCGGGCAGGGCGGGCCGGCCGGACAGAACCAGGCCACUGUUACAGGUUAUACUCCUCAGCAGUCUUCAUGGACUUUGAGAAAUUUUCUGCUCCAGAAAUAACAAAUCGACCAGUAGAAGACUUGAUUCUGCAAAUGAAAGCAUUAAAUAUAGAAAAGGUAAUCAACUUCCCAUUUCCAACACCACCUCCAGCAGAAACGCUUGCAGCAGCUGAGGAGUUGCUGAUAGCCCUGGGUGCCUUGAAGGAACCCCCUAUGACAGGAAGGCUGAAGCAACAGCUGGCAGCAAAGCUGAGUUGCCCUAUUAGUCCCCUGGGCAGAAUAAUGGCCACUUUUCCUGUAGCCCCCCGCUAUGCAAAGAUGUUGGCCCUAAGCAGGCAGCAGGACUGCCUGCCUUACACCAUCACCAUCGUGUCUGCCAUGACCGUCCGGGAGCUCUUUGAAGAGUUUGACAGGCCAGCAGUAAGUGAGGAAGAGACAGCAAAACUGAAGGGGAAGAAAGGAAGGCUUUUACAGAUGCAGAAGAUCUGGGCUGGGCAGGGCCCAAUGCAAAAACUUGGAGACCUCAUGGUGAUGUUAGGAGCAGUGGGGGCCUGUGAGUACGCUGGGUGCAGCCGGCAGUUCUGUGAGGAAAAUGGACUGCGAUACAAAGCCCUGCUGGAGGUCAGGCGCUUGAGAGGGCAGCUGACAACUGCAGUGAACUCGGUUUGUGCUGACGCUGGUCUCUAUGUUGAUCCGAAGAUGAAACCCCCAACAGAAGCUCAAGCAACAUACUUGAGACAGAUUGUGCUGGCAGGGCUGGGGGAUCACAUUGCCCGAAGGGUUCAGGCAGAAGAGCUCCUGGAUGAGAAGUGGAAAAAUGCCUACAAGACUGCUCUCCUGGACGACCCUGUGUUCAUCCAUCCAAGCUCAGUCCUCUUCAAGCAACUCCCAGAGUUUGUGGUUUAUCAAGAAAUUGUUGAGACUACAAAGCUGUACAUGAAAGGUGUGUCUGCAGUUGAGCCUGAGUGGAUUCCUGUCCUGUUGCCACCAUACUGCCACUUUGGGAAGCCUCUGGAAAAUCCUCCUCCAUCUUACUGCCCUGAAAGAGGCCGAGUUCGAUGCCACAGACCAAGUGUCUUUUAUCGAGUUAGCUGGCAGCUGCCUGCUGUGGAAGUUGAUUACCCAGAAGGUAUUGAUCGCUACAAAUACUUUGCCAGGUUCCUGCUUGAAGGAAAGGUCAUUAAAAAGUUGAGUUCUUACAGCCAGUGUCUGCUGUCCAGUCCGCUCAUAAUGCUGAAGACAUGGUCCAAACUUCAGCCCAGGACAGAAUCCCUCCUGCAGGCUCUGGUUGCUGAAAAUUGUGAUAAUCGUGAUGCGUUGCUGGCUGCGUGGAAGAAAAACCCUAAGUAUCUGCUCACAGCCUACCGCCAGUGGAUCCCCGAAGCUAUGCAUGAUGAGCUAGCCAAGAAUUGGCCACCAGUAGCACUGUGAAAUGCCCAACUGUUCUUGAUGGACUCCGUUUCUCCAAGAUGUCUGGAGAGCUUGGGUUUCCUUGGAUGGACCUGCUAACUGUUAGCAGUACCUUUUUAUACAUGAACUGUGUGUUAUGCUGGUUUUCUGGGAAGCUUGGUGUGUUCCCAGAAGCCCUACCAGCUGCUUUGCUGGUAUUUUGUAAUAUUCAUGUUUGGAUAAUUUUAUCCAUUGUAUUUUACAGAUUGUUAUUUUUAUUGGAAGUUUCUCUUUGGACUAUAUUAGUCAUGUGAAUGAUAAUAAAUAUGUAUAGUUCUUGGUUUG